CCUAAAGAGUUUCGUUUCCACAUAGAGCAACAGUUGGGAGAAUUUUUUGUCAACCAAUCACUGGAGUUCUAUGAUGCCGUGCCAGAGAAGCUGACCAAUGACAGCAAUCAAAACAUGGAACUCAUCAAUCAAUGGGUGGCGCAGAAUACAAACAAGAAAAUCACCGAGUUAAUUGAUUAUGUGGAUCCCGCCACCUCAUUUGUUCUGUUAAAUGCUGUCUACUUUAAUGGUAAAUGGAAGACAGUUUUUGAAUCCUCAGAUAAACGGGAAAACUUCAUGAAGUUUUCAGGUGAGGUCAUAGAAGUGCCAACUCUCUACAGCUCCAAGUACAACUUUCAAAUGGGCUACAACAAAAAAUUACAGGCUGAGGUAAGUGUCGCAAUUAAUGUACAAAGGUCAUUGUCAGGAAGCUGUGCCAUUUGCAUUUGAGACCAUUUGACUUGA